CUACCUGUUUUUAAAUUCCGUAUUAUUUUAUUUUGAAGUUUUCUGUCUUUUACUUUGGUGGUCAUGAACAAAGUAGUGAUCAGGUGUAAUACCCCGCGUGGCCAGCGGGUGUCGCUGCGGCCUCGGGGGGCGGGGGGAGCCGGUCUGCUCUGGGCUCAGAGGCCAUGUCUCCGCUGCAGCUGUCCGUGUUCGGCCGCCUCGCCCUCAUCUUCUUCUUCCUCUCCUUCUUCUUCUACCUCGACGUGUUCGUCGCCGCCGUCGUGGCCGCGUCCUGUCGGCGGGGCAACGGCACCGCGGCGCCCACUGCCGGCCAAUCACAGGCGAGCGGGAACCCAGACUCGGUGUGUGUGUGGGCCGACUGGCUGCCGUACGGCCAGACGGCCUACAUGGUCGGCCUGCUGCUGGGAUCGCUGGUGGGAGGAGCCUCGUCCGACCGGUACCGCCCCACACAUUCCAUUCCCCUGCGGCUCCUUGGCUCCUCUGACCUCUGACCUCUGCGCUGCCGUCUGCAGGUACGGGAAGCGCACGGUGCUGCUGGCGUGCGUGUACGUGCACGCCCUCGGCGGCCUCGUGCCCGCCGCGCUCCCCCAGCCCCUCCUCUACCUCGCCGUGCGCUGCCUGACCGGCGUCUGCUGCUGCUGCGUCCACAUCUGUUCCUUCAGCCUGGCCGUGGAGUGGACGCCGCCCGCCGCCCGCAUGUGGGCGGCGGCCUUCCUGCCGUUCUGCUUCAGCGUGGGGACGAUGGGCGGAGCCCCGCUGGCCUGGCUCAGCCCCACCUGGACGCAGCUGCACCUGUCGCUGGCUCUGCCUCAGCUCCUCUGUCUGCCGCUCUACAGCUCCAUUCCAGAGUCUCCUCGCUGGCUGCUGCUCAGGAGGAGGACGGAGGUCCUGGAGCGUUACCGUGGCAACAGCCCAGCAGAUAAACAGUGUCUGGACUUGCUCUUGUGGUCCGACCUGCAGGAAGCCACCGAGGCUCAGGAGGAGUCGCCCCCUGGAGGCCACGCCCCCAAUGACAUCAUCCACCUGAAGCAUCGGACGGUCCUUCUGCGACUCGUCAUCAUGAGCUACCUCAGCGUGGCGUCGGCGUUGACGUACUUCGGCAUCUGCAUGAACAUCGGGUCUUUCGGCGUCGGCGUUUACUCCGCCCAGUUCUUCUCCGGCCUAUCGGAGACGCCCGGCCUGCUGGUCCCCCUGCUGCGCCUGGGCCGCCGGCCAAUCAGCAUGCUCGCCUUGUUCCUGAGCGGCGCCGCCUGCUUCCUGUCGCUGCUGCUGUCCAGACACCACGGCGGGCCGGUGCUGGUGAUGAGUCUGGCUCUGCUGGGGAAGCUCUGCAUCCUGGCGGCGCUCUUCAUCUCCACGCUGUACAGCAUCGAGCUGUUCCCCACCGGGGUCAGGCAGCGAUGUCUGUCCCUGGUCAACUUGUGUUUCCGUCUCGGCUGCUUGGUCAACUCCCUCGUCCCGCCCUCGCCCAACGGGGCGAUCUCAUUGGCCGCCAUGGUGGUGUACAGCAGCGGACCAAUCGUGGGCUGCGGCCUGUGCCUGCUGCUGCCGGAGACCAGCGGCGUGCCCCUCCCCGACUCGCUGGAGGACUGCGAGCGCCAGCCCCGCCCCCCCGGCAUGGCGGCCCUGUGGAAGCUGGUGAGCAGCCAUACCAGGAAAACUGAGACGCUCCCUGCAGAGAAAGAAGACCUUCAAACACUGGACUGACACACACACAUGCGCACACACACACCUCUAGAUCUUAGACUUGUGUUGUGACUCUGGAGUAGAACUAAAGAACUAAACGUAUAAAUCCC